AUGUUCGCUACUGCUUUGAUCGCAGGUGCGCUUCUCGCAGCCAAGGCCGUCGUCGCUCAGACUGUCGCGCCCUCUGCACAACACUGCAUCACAACCGUAACCCCCAACUUGUGUUUCAAUAUCAAUGUCCCCUCCGACUCGGACGACUUGUACUUCUCCGUCACUGGGCCCUCCACACUCGGUUAUGGUGCCAUGGCAUUCGGUAGUAACAUGGGCGGCAGCUUGUUCUUCGUUCUCAUGCCCAACAAUGGCAACGUGACGCUCUCUGUGCGCACUGCCUCAGGACAAGUCCAGCCAAGGCCCUAUACAGCAACGGCCAUUACAACAGAGAUGUUGACGGGCACGACAGCAGAUUCAACCGGCUUCACUGCGAACUUCAAGUGUACCGGUUGUCGUACAUGGAGCACCGGAUCCCUUGCAGUCACCUCCACCUCGGCCCCCAUGAUUUAUGCCUUUUCGAAUCAGCAACCCUCGCAGCCUGUGUCUGCAAGCAGCACUAUUCAGCAGCACGCAUCAAGCAAUCGCGGCCACUUCAACUUUGACUUGACAAAAGCAACAGGCGCUGGUGGCAUUCCUGGCGUUGCGCUUGCACAAACUGGCACGGCAGCUGGCAGCUCUAGUGUUUCUGGUGCUGUGCCCGCUGCUACGUCUUCGUCUGUGAAUGGCAAUCCCGUUGCUGGCACCACAAGCAGCGGUUCAAGCAGUGCAGCGAGUGAACAAGCCGAGAUGGAUGCGUACCGCAAGAAAUGGCUUGCUCAUGCUGUUUUGAUGACGGUGGGUCUGAUUGGCGUCUUUGGACUGGGUGCCAUUGUUGUGCGGUUCUUCCCAGCAUUGAUUGCACGCGCUGUGCGACUUCAUUACAGUAUCCAGCUCUUUGGUAUUGUGUUGGCUAUUGCUGGUCUUGCACUUGGUGUGAACGCGUCGGAUGAUAUGCACUUUAUGUAUGCGCACCAGACUGUGGGUGUGGUCAUCUUUGCACUGAUCUUCUUGCAGGCUGCAGGCGGUGCAUUGCACCAUAUGAUGUACAAGAAGGGUAAAGGCAGUGCAGCAACCGGUAUGGGCCAUCGCUUCAUGGGACGUGCUAUUAUUGUUGCUUCGAUGGUGAAUGUUGGUUUGGCCUUCAGGAUGCCGAUGGUUGGACUGGGCAAGGCUUCCCAGAUUGCUUGGUAUGUGGUGAUGGGCGUGGUGGUGCUGGCUUAUACCAUUGCCAACUUUGUGGUCAAGACUCGUACUCGAGCUGAUCAGGCGCCUCACCACUUGGAGAAGCAGAGCUCACCCAACAGUGUGUCUCCUAUUCGCAGAUAG